AUGACCUAUCUUACAGUUGAAAAGCGCAUUAUUGACGGCCAUUUCCCUCGGUUCAACCGAACUUCUACUAUUAAACCUUUUGACAAGCUCCAAGUUGUUUACAAUGUUUAUACUGAUGAGCGGCCCGGGAAGCAAGCCAAGGUUUCUCCUGAAGAACAAGUGCACCUUGUGUUCCUCCAUGCCACUGGGUUUACUAAGGAAUCAUGGGAGUACUGGAUUGAAAUGUUUUACGAAAAGUACGGUCCACAGCUGGGGACCGUGAUUUCAGUUGACGCUGUUAACCACGGUGAAUCGUACAUUCUCAACGAACACAAACUCGGGCUGACCUGCUCGUGGGAAGACAGUGCGCGGGACGUGCUCCGGAUUUUGGCUGCACAAAAUAUCACCAGCAAUGCGAUUCUAAUUGGACACUCGAUGGGUGGGGGGACAGCACUGCAUGCGGCUGCGUUUGAGCGACGGGUUAUUGAUUCUGUAAUUUCAAUUGAGCCUGUGGCAUAUUUUAACCAUGAUCUGCACAAAUUUAAAAAGGGCCGUGAGACAUGGGUUGGGUUUUUAACCAAGCUCAACAAGUAUAUCAAAGACACAUUUGCGAGUGAAGAAGAGUAUGCACAAUAUUUGAAGAAAGGUGGUGUAGGUCGCACAGUGCACCCUCGUAUUCUAGAAGACUUGAUCAGGAGCGGAUUUGUUAAACGGGACGAUGGCUCUAUACUGGCAAUCCCACCUCGCGGAGCCCAGAUAACUUCUUACGCGUCUUCCAACUUUACUACGCUGUACUUACGUGACCAGCUUAAAACUAUUGAUUGCGCAGUAUGCCAUGUUAUUGGCAGUGCAGCAACAUGGAAUCCACCCGAAAGCGUGGAAGCAAUUCGUGGAGCGUUGCCAAAUGUUGUUGGUGUGGACAUUCCGGAUGGACAGCACUUGGUGCCUAUGGAGCGACCCGAAGACACGUUUGCAGCAAUUGGUCCGUUCUUUGAAUCACGCUUGACAGCAAUUAGCGAAUAUGCUACACAAGAAGUUGAUCCUCAAACGCGCGAGGAACGCGACGCGUAUUAUAACGAAACAUUUACUGAGCUUAAGGAGCGGUACUUGUCGGGUAAGCAGAUCAAGCUUGAUCGGGUCCAUCGUUUGUAA